AUGAGGGUAAGUGUGGAGAUGAUAGUUGAUAGACUACUCAAGAUGGACUUGGUGAAGAAAAAGUCAAGGUCGAAAAAUAAUGAGAGUGGAAUUGCCGGCGACAAUAUCUUUCCAAGCACAAUUAGAAGAAAAGGAUAUCAUGGUGGUCGUGGCCUUGACAUGGGAGGAGAUGGUGGCAGAGGCGGUGGCGCUAACGGUGAUGACAGUGAAGCUGCAGAGAUGGCAGAGGAAGAGAUGGUGGUGGAAAGGGCAGUGCCAAUGGUGAUAACAGUGGAGGUUCAGAUGGUUGUAGCAGUCCAAGGCCAACCAGAGGAGGAGACCGAGGUGGUCGUGGCAGAUGAGGAGUUGGUGGCGGGAGUGGGGCUUGUGACGGCUCACUGA